UUUAAGCUAUAUUGUUUUACUAUUAUUUAGUAAAUAAUUUAAACGUAAACAUAUUCUAAUAUACUAAAUUCCCAUCAGGGGGCUUAUAUUUUAUUAUUUCUAGAUCGAUUGGUCCAGAAAUUGGAGCGUCUAUUGGAAUUCUAUUGGCAUUAGCUAAUACCAUUGUAGUUGCAUUAAAUACAAUUGGAUUUUGUUUAUCAUUAAGAUCAUUAUUAGAAUCAUUCAAUAUACAUAUACUGGACUCUAGUUUCGCAUUUAUACUUACCGGGCUUAUAACAAUAUUUAUCCUGGGUUUAUUAUGUUGUGGUGGUAUGGAUGAUGAAGCUAAAAUUCAAGAUGUGUUAGUAGUUUUCAUUGUUGGUGCAAUUUUCGAUAUUAUUAUUGGAUCAUUUAUCGGACCAACUUCUGAUAUUGAUAUUGCAUCAGGCUUCACUGGAUUUAGCAUGAAAACAUUAAAAGAGAAUUGGUAUUCAGAUUAUAGAAUUCAGGACAACAGUCAACAGUCUUUUUUUACUAUUUUUGCUAUUUUUUUCCCAUCUGUCACUGGCAUACAAGCCGGUGCGAAUAUAUCGGGAGAUCUCAAGGACCCAAGUACUUCUAUACCAAAGGGAACUCUCUUGUCGAUCGCCAUUACAAUAACUUCAUAUGUUAUAUUAGUAAUAGUACCUGGUGCUGUUCACUUAAGGGAAGCAAGUGGCUAUCCAAAUGAACUUCCAAACAAUUUUUAUUUGAACUGUUCGUUAAGAGUUUGUUCUGAAGGAUUAUAUCACAAUGCAAAUUUGAUGCAGACAAUUUCUUUAUGGCCAUAUCUCAUAUACCUCGGUUGUUUCAGUGCCACGUUAAGCACAGCUUUAACUUCUUUAAUUGCUGUUCCUAAAAUAUUACAAAGAAUGGGUCAAGAUAAUAUUUAUCCAUUUCUUAAGUAUUUGGCAAAAGGUUAUGGGAAAUCAAACGAACCAUAUCGAGCUCAUAUUUUGGCUAUUUUAACAUCAUCGAUAUUCAUUUUUAUGGGUGAACUAAACGCGAUUGCUUCUUUCAUUUCGACUAUUUAUCUGUGUGCAUAUGCCUUGUUAAAUUUGUGUACAUUUCACGUUGCAUACUUUAAACCUUUAGGUUGGAGACCCUCUUAUAAGUUGUAUAACCAAUGGCUAAGUCUCGCAGGUGCUAUUAUUUGUUUAACAAUAAUGAUAUUAAUUGAUAAAACAAUGUCAAUAGUUGUUGGAUGCAUGAUAGGAUUUUUAUACAUGAUUGCAGCUAAAAAAAAAGAUGACAUUAAUUGGGGAUCCUCAAAACAAAUACAACAAAUCAAAACUAUUAUAAAUAAUAUGUACAAAGCCAAUACCGUUCAGUAUCAUGUUAAAAACUAUGCACCAAAUAUUAUGGUACUUUCUGGAGAUCCUGAAUCAAGAAAAGAACUAGUUUCUUUGGCACAUUUAAUUACUAAUAAUAAUGGUUUACAAAUGUGCAUCAAUGUAAACAAAGAGCCUUUAGUAUAUGAAGAAAAACAACUCUUAGUGAAGAAAGGAGUACAUUGGUUAAAAAAAUCUGGGAUCAAGUCUUUAUAUAAUGUACUUGAUGGAAUACAUUUAGAUAUCGGCGUUCGUAUGAUGUAUAGUUGUGGUUAUGGUAUUCUUAAGCCUAAUAUUAUUCUUGUUGGAUAUAAAAAUAACUGGUUUGAUUAUGUGGAUGAAGACAUUCAGACUUAUUUAAAUACAAUAAAUACAGCAAACAUUAAUGGACUUGCGACAAUCAUCGUUCGAUUUCCGUCGACUAAUAAAAGUGAUACAACAAUUGAAAAUUCUGAAAACAGAAAAUCGGCUAUGAAUAAAAAAAUGCAGUACAGUGAAAGUGAAAAAUUUCACAAUAAACCGUUAAUCAGUGAAGAGAAAGAAGUUCAAUCAGAGGUAUUUGAUUGCUUUAUAAAAAUUCAGGAGUCCCAAUUUUCAUUCGUUAAAAAACGAAAUAAUGGGACGGUUGAUAUAUGGUGGUUAUUCAACAAUGGAGGUGUGUUAACUAAGUUUAGCUUUAAUUGUUGCGCAUAUUUUUAAGUCAUGUGACAUUUGGAAAAAAUGUAAAUUUCGAAUAUUUGGAGUCACAUAUGAUAUUGAAAAGUUAAACACUGAAAAAAACAAGUAAAUUAUAUAUAU